AUUGUCAUUUUACUAUUUUGAAUUUCUGGGCUCAUCUUGUAAAGAAAUUAUGCAGGAAGGAAAAAUAUGACUAUAUGUGUUUUACUAUCAGUUUUUAAAUCAUGCAAAUAAUAGCAAGGAAUUAUAAAAAUAACACACUGAACCAGUGAAAAUAGCGCAUAAAAUGGUGGAAUACUCAUAAUUUUCUCUUUGUGCCUGUGAUUUGACAUUAUUGUGUUUGCUCAUGGGCGUAGAUAUUUCGAAAAUGGAAGAAUCUUUAGAUCUUAUCUAUAUAGGGAACAGGAAUUCAAUUAUGAACUUAGACUUGUGUGACAUUUUUUCUGUGCAAAAUUAGACUCGUGACCUUGCAAGUUCAUCAAAUCGUAAGUUUUGAAUUGUCCUGUCCUGCAGGCCUAGGGGUCUAAGGUUGGUGCAGGCUAGUUUAUUUAUGUGACGAGCCAAGUCCAAGCAGUAGGACUCCUUCAUCACGUGUUCAUUUAAUCAGGUUGCUUGUGGGCCUUGAUUGUUAAUCGAUCUCAUUUUUAAGGCCCCUUUUAGUGUUGGGCCUCAAUUGUAAGCAGGGUUUCGUGAGUACUCAUCGCACAACUCUUAAUUGGAUAUAUGUUACUAAUCCAAGGUAUAUAAGUGCCGUCUUAAUAAUCAGUAUAUCACAAAAAGGGGGAAAAAAAGGAAAAGAAAACACCUACUUGAAACCAAAUUGGAUGUUUGUUCAUUCUAAGAUAUUAAUAAUAGAAUCCAAAUACAAAAAGGUAAAAUUAUAAAUUGUAUGGCGUGAGGAGUCAUUUGCAAAAUACAAGUGGCCCAACUCACUUGGCGUUUAUUCAAAUCACCUUCCAUAAUAACGUCCUGUGUUUCUGAUUUCAUGGAAGCAAAUAUUAAAAUCGACUUCCACCAUAAUUGGGCCUAAAGCCCAAUUAAAUGGCCUAACCCACUUUCGUAUAAGGAAAAUAGCAUAUAUAACGAAAUAAAUGAUAAAUAAAGAAAUAAACUUCAAAUCAAAACCAAGGCCACCCACUCGGUUCCUCUAUCCUCUGCAACUGAAAGCAAGAAAAUAAUGCAGCUUCUUCAAGUUCCAUCAAAUACUCUCCCUCCUUUAUCAAGAACACACCCAAAUGAAGGGCUUGUUUGCAGUAGGCGACCAUUUCUUGUUCCUAUGGCUACUCAGUGCUUUAGCCAUUGGAGGCCGAGUUUGAGCUCAUUCCAUAUAAGAGCAACGCAAGCUCAAGCUGGCACCUCGCCAAUAUCAGUUGAUAAAGAAAAGGAAGAUGUAUUGAAGGCUUUAUCCCAGAUCAUAGAUCCAGAUUUUGGAACAGACAUUGUUUCAUGUGGCUUUGUGAAGGAUUUGCAGAUUGAUGAAUCAUCUAAAGAGGUUUCAUUUCGUUUGGAACUCACAACUCCAGCAUGCCCAAUCAAGGACAUGUUUGAACAAAGAGCAAAUGAGGUUGUGGCAGCACUUCCAUGGGUUAAUAAAGUUAGCGUGGAAAUGUCGGCGCAGGCUGCGAAAUCUGUUUUUGCUGGAGAACUUCCCAAGGGACUACAAAAUAUUUCAAAUAUAAUUGCAGUUUCUAGUUGCAAGGGAGGUGUUGGAAAGUCUACCGUAGCUGUAAACCUUGCAUACACAUUAGCUGGUAUGGGUGCUAGAGUUGGCGUCUUUGAUGCCGAUGUUUAUGGUCCAAGUUUACCGACGAUGGUUUCUCCUGAAAACCGAUUGUUAGAAAUGAACCCAGAAACAAGAACCAUCAUUCCAACAGAGUAUUUGGGUGUAAAGUUGGUAUCUUUUGGGUUUGCUGGUCAAGGACGGGCUAUUAUGCGGGGUCCAAUGGUAUCAGGGGUCAUCAAUCAAUUGCUAACUACUGCUGAAUGGGGAGAACUGGACUAUCUUGUUAUUGAUAUGCCACCUGGAACUGGUGACAUUCAACUUACUUUGUGUCAGGUUGCUCCACUGACUGCAGCAGUGAUUGUUACCACCCCACAGAAGUUAGCAUUCAUUGAUGUUGCUAAAGGAGUCCGCAUGUUUUCAAAACUUAAGGUUCCCUGCGUUGCAGUAGUUGAGAAUAUGUGCUACUUUGAUGCUGACGAGAAGCGCUAUUACCCUUUUGGUAAAGGUUCCGGUUCUCAGGUUGUCCAGCAGUUUGGAAUACCUCAUCUUUUUGAUCUUCCCAUUCGACCAACGUUAUCAGCUUCUGGAGAUAGUGGAAUUCCUGAAGUGGUGGCUGAUCCUCUAGGUGAGGUGGCAAGCACAUUUCAGAAUCUCGGAGUUUGUGUUGUUCAACAAUGUGCUAAAAUUCGUCAACAAGUUUCCACGGCAGUAUCCUAUGAUAAGUCUGUUAGAGCGAUCAGAGUGAGGGUACCAGAGUCAGAUGAAGAAUUCUUGUUGCAUCCUGCAACAGUGAGACGGAAUGAUCGCUCUGCUCAAAGUGUGGAUGAGUGGACGGGCGAGCAGAAGCUACAAUUUGGAGAUAUCCCUGAAGAUAUUGAGCCUGAAGAUAUCCGACCAAUGGGUAACUACGCAGUCUCAAUAACAUGGCCUGAUGGGUUCAGCCAGAUAGCACCAUAUGAUCAAUUACAGAUGAUAGAGAGGCUUGUUGAUGUUCCUCAACCUACAACCGCAGAUGUCACUGCUUCGUAAAUCAGCAUAUCAAAUGAUAGUGGAGGUGUUCACGCAUGCAUAAGAAAAUUGACAAACUAGCUUUUGAACAGUUUCGGAUGACCAUAAAACAUGUGGAAGGAGAAGAUUUAUUAUUUACCAUUACUGUCAGUUCGGUGCGAAAUUUGUAUUGAUAUAGAACUGAUGAAAAGUGGUAUUGUAUCAGAAUAAGGAUCGCCCCUUAAUGUAUCACAGAUGAAUAAUUCUGGUGUAAAUUUUUUUAUAUUUUUGCUUGAAUAUCAUUUUUAUCAGUUUCUUCUUUGUUC